AUGGAUCUUGUUUUUAUCAUUGAUAGCUCUAAGAUUCUGGCUACCAACUUUGAGCUGGUCAAGCAGUAUGUAAAUGACAUUGUGGACUCGCUGGGCAUCUUCAGGGUGGGGACGCAUGUUGGUGUUCUUCAGUACUCCACCAAGGUGCACACAGAAUUCACCCUGGGCAAAUAUAGCUCUGCGCAGGACAUCAGAGAGGCUGUGUCCCAAAUGCAAUACAUGGGGACUGGCUCCAUGACCAGCUCAGCCCUACAUCACAUGUUUGAGAUGAGCUUUUCAGCGAAAGAAGGAGCCAGGCCCAACAUCCCACAUGUCUGCAUUGUGUUUACUGAUGGAAGAUCUCAUGAUGAUGUGUCCGAAUUGGCUGAAAAAGCAAGGAACUCUGGGAUCACAUUAUAUGCCUUAGGUGUUGGCAAAGUCAUCGAACAGGAGCUGAGAGAAAUUGCUGCAGAGCCUGAUGAGAAGCACCUUUAUUAUGCUGAAGAUUUUGAGAAAAUGUUCAGUUAG